AUGAAGCUUUACGGUUUCUGCUUCCUCUUAUUUCCUUUCGUCGCUUUUGCUGCGCCUUGCACCAAGUCGCACGAGAAGCGCUACCGUGCCGACGUCAAGGCAGCUACCGUCGCUAGAGGUCCCGUCGUUGAAGCACUGAACCGAACUGUCACUAUCACUAUUCCACUCCUCGAGAAGCGUGAUGAUAUCGAUGACUGGAACCACGAUAAUCCUGAUAACCGCAUCGCUGCUUACUACGUGUGUCCUCAUCCGCGCGUUCUCUACACCGUCUUUAACGCGAGAGCCGUAUACGAGGCCUUCCAGCGCGGCGCCUGGUACGUCGCACACCCAGGUGAGCUCCGCCCUCGCUGGAGUGGCCUUGAGCACCCGCACUCGGUGUGGUUACCAGACUACCGCGCGCAGCGGGUGGACCUAGGCCGUGCGGAAGGCGAGCUGUUCAUGUUUCCUUUGAACCCGACCCCGCUCGGCGAAUGGCCCGGCCUCAGUGGUGCCCCUGUCUCCGGCCCCCCGGGGGACCAUCGCGUCGUGUUCGACGAGCAUGGCAUGUUUGCCGGUGUGGCGGUGCUGUUUACGGGCGAACCCGAGGGCACGAGACUUAUAUGGUGCUAUCCGAUGCUUGAUUACGGCGCGAGAGACGUGGGCGCGACGGCGGAGGGAAAUCCGGGCGUGGAUGAGGCGUGGCAGGAUGUGUUUGAUGGGCAUUAUUUGUAUGCACCAGAUCCAACGGGGGGCUCGCGUCCCCCGACUAAUUAG